UGCCAAUUUAAAAACCAGAGAAAAUUAUACAAAAUUCCCUAAGAAUAUAUCUCCAAAAAGGAACUUUCAUUUUCGGUUUUCAUUACUUCUCAACAUCACAUGUGCCGUGCUCUAUCUAACACUUCACGAGGAUUAUAUUGUGAAGUUUUUAUGGCUUUAGAACGUACAGACAACCUAUGAUGAGCUAUAUUUCGUUUUCUUCAUUUGUGAUGUAAACAUAUCGUCUGUAACUUUAUGCGCUUCAUAAAAUGACAGCUGCCAACGGCCAUGGUGAACGAGUUUCUGAAAAGUCUCUGAAGUAUCCAAAGUCUGUGUUCUUCAUAAUCAGUAACGAGUUUUGUGAGAGGUACUCAUUUUACGGAUUACGAAAAAUUUUGUCUUUAUACCUACGAAACGCUCUACACUUUAGGGAAAGUGAAGCAGUCUCAGUUUACCAUGGUUUCAUGUUUUUCAACUACGCAUUUCCAAUUUUAGGUGGUAUUUUAGCAGAUUCCUACAUUGGAAAAUACCAAACUAUUAUUUAUUCAUCGAUAGUACACACUGUGGGAAACUUGACCGUAGCGCUUGCAUCAACCCCAUGGAUAUCAUCUUCAAGACUUUGUACGUUCGUUGGACUAAUAUUGGUGGCAACAGGAGCUGGUUUGAUGAAACCAUGUAUAAGCACAUUAGGCGGAGAGCAGUUUGUACUCCCGCAGCAAGCAAAACAGAUGGCGACUUUUUUUUCAGUAUUUUACUUCAGCAUUAACGUAGGGUCACUUUUAGCCUCCAUCGUGGCUCCUUUUCUGAGGCAGGAUGUCAAAUGCCUCGGUCAGCCGUCCUGCUACCCUCUUGCAUUUGGAGUUCCUGCUUUCCUCAUGUUCUUGGCUCUUGUGUUGUUUGUUUGCGGGAGACCUUGGUACAAGAUGAAAGAACCGGAAGGAAAUAUAUUGGUCGAGGCAAUGAAAUGUAUUUUUUAUGCUUCAAGAAAAAAGCUAUCAUGUGCAAAGCUGGCGGAAAAACCAUCUUAUUGGCUAGAUUACGCAAAAGAUAAAUUUGAUCAACGACUGUUGAAGGACACUCGAGAAAUGAUUCGACUACUUCCAUUGUUCAUUCCAGUGCCUUUAUAUUGGGCUCUCAGUGACCAACAGGGGUCAAGUUGGAUUUUUCAGGCGUCUCAGAUGGAUGGUGUCGUGCCGAACUGGUUUACUAUCAAACCGGACCAGUUAGGAUUCUUGAACCCUCUAUGUAUAGUCACCCUCAUCCCAAUUUUUGAGAUCAUUGUCUAUCCAAUGCUGGGGAAACUCGGUGUUAAAAGACCACUACAAUACAUCACCAUCGGGGCGUUGACUUGCGCAUUCGCAUUCCUUAUGUCAAGUUAUGUUGAGUAUAGACUCGAGCCGUCGUAUGCAAAAUUGCCUGCUCCAGGAUUGGGCCAGUUGCGGAUCUUCAACGGUCUCCCGUGUCAAGUUGAACUGGAUCCUCCAAUACAUGGCCGCUAUCUCAUCCCACCGCUUGGCGCACUUCAGUGGACUGACAUCCAAGUAAAUGGGACUAGAUCCCUACAAGAAAAACUCGUGUUGAGUCUGGGACUACCUUGCAACGACACUCAUAUGCCUCUCGACUGGACGGAAGAAAUUCUUCUUUUCGAGGAGCGGGGUUCGUCAUACAUUCUGGGUUUUUCAAGCGAGGUUGCUGACAUCAAGAGAGUUCCAGGAUUUGAUGACGUCUCGAAAUCUUUGACAAAUGCGCCUCGAAUUAGGGUAAUUCACAAUCUUGAUGGUCCUCUCACGUUAACGAACCAGUACGAAGACACAUUCAAGUUCCAGCUCAUGACAUCACAAUUGGCUACGCCGCUGAGUGAAAUUGCAACUGGCAGGUAUCAAAUUAUGUUCGGAAGCAAGAACAUUUUAUCAGAUCUUCUCAUCGAGAGCGGUGGAGUUUACACUUUGGUGCUUCAAAAAGUUCAUCCCAAAAUCGUUGGCAAUCUACAUACAAUAACUCCACCGGCGAAAUUGCACAUAUUAUGGAUAGCCCCUCAAAUUAUCGUAAUGGCAAUUUCUGAGAUAUUUUUUAGUGUCACAUAUAUAUCCUUCACUUUCAAGGAGGCACCAGUUAGGAUGAGAUCAAUCAUGUCUUCCAUUUCACUCUUGGCUAUCUCCCUCGGAAAUGUUAUUGUAGUAUUUAUUUCAUCAGCAAAAUUAUUCAAUAGACAGGUUUAUCAAUUUUUGUUUUAUGCCGGACUGAUGGUUUUGAAUACCGUUCUACACAUUUUCCUGUCCGUCCGAUACAAGUACAGAGACCAGUCGGAACCAGAAGAUGCAAUCUCACUAGAAACUCAGUUGCCACCAGAUACGGAGAAUAAGACUGGAUUCGACACUCCUGAUCAAACGGGAAACUUAGCAGCCAACUUUUUGUGUCCGAAACUUUUGGAUUAAAGAAAGUAGCGAAUCGCUCGAAUUAUCCGAGCAUGAGUAAAAAAUUGCGACUUGUGUUGCUACAAGGAAAUGAAAAAGUGGCAAAAGCAACCGGUAGGAUAGCCAGAAGCUACGAUUGAAAAUUUGUAAAUUUUUCCUUGAAGAAAAGAUUUAUUAGGAUUAUCGGUGUCCUUUUUCAUUGUUUGUGGGGGGUAGACUUUGGAGAGGGAAAAAUAACAUUUGCACUUCGGUUUCUAGGGUAGUUUAAUGACAGUUGUUGCUGUUCACAUCAAUUAUUACAUGGAGGCUGGCGAGUUUUUUUUGUUUUUUUGUUUUUGUUUUUUUCGUUUGUUUUUUCAAUUACCUGAACGAUGGUCUUAAAAUACCUCAGUUACAAUCUUUGAUACCAAAAGCUCAAGUGGUAACGAGUGCUUUAAGCAUUCAACGCACCAUCAGAGUUAUAGAAUAGAAGUGUGUUGCGGCGAUUAAACAACGGAGCAAUCAAUUUCAAAAUGAUGGAAGAUAGCUUUAGAUGUCUAUGAAAUAUUAACUUAUAAUACCAUUCCUAAUAUCUAUUUCAAAUUCUAUCGGCGACAAAGAUACAUAAAAUUCUCAAAAUUGAUAUCCCUGAAAAUAGCGCAAUUUUUUUUCGGGUAUCUGAAUGAGAAGAACGUAUUCUAUAUUACUCGGACACUCCUAAAUCCAGUUCAUUCGCGGUUUGUAAAAAUUCGCUUUUUUGAUGCUACAUGACCAUGAACGUUUACAGUGAAGAGAUUUCUCUUUUAAAAAUGUUCAUCAAGCAAUGACUUUAAUUUUUUCCUUCUUUAAAUCUCCUUGGGUGACGAAACAAUUGUUACUUUUAACAUGAAACAUCGAUGAUGAUUUUUCCUUGGAAAUUCAAAAAUCACCUAGUGUGACAAAAAAAAAA